GAUGUCGUGGCCGAUGCUAGCGUUACUGAAGGCUCCCAGUCUGGCCGUCCAGCUCGGGCCCCCAGCCAAGAAUUACGCCAUCAUGGCUCGAGCGAAUGUACGAAAAAGCAGUGACCACGAUAUGGCAAUCGCCAGUGCAGCUGAUCUCAAUUUUAGUCUCCCUAGGCCCCUUUGUUCCCAUCAGGGAGGAGGAGGCUGCAAGGACCGCUCGGCUUCCACCGCUUAAUUUCAGGCCGCUGGCAUUGAAAAACGAGUAUCUCAUUUUUCUCAUGACCUGGUUUUUUCUUUGCUUUUCUGGCGUCGCUGUUCUCGUCAUCUUCGGCAGAGUCCAGCCCCCCUGGUUCCAAUUCCGGUCAGAUUCCAGCUAUCAGCUGUGGUUCUAUGCUCCGGGCAUCAUCGGCUUCCUGACUACGGUCCUAUGGCGAGGAACCAUUCAGUCUUACAAUCGCAUCAUACCGUACGUCCGCAUGGCCAACUUGCCGAUCUCCUAUGAGGAUCAAGGCGGCUUAGGCGGCGAGGAGGCAUACCGGGGCUUUACGACUGAGCAACUCAAUGCAAUCCCCGGUGGCACUGUCAACAUUGGCGUUGUCGUGCAGCUUUGGAAAAGAGGCGACUAUAUGAGCGUUGCUGUCAACCUCACCCCCUUUUGCACCCUCUUACUGACUCCCCUAAAGUCGAGUCUGUUCCAGCUUAUCCAGGACGACUCGGGGUGGAAUAUUCGAGUCUCGGUGGGGUUCGGAGUCGUCGCCAUGGCCAUUUACGCCUGGCUUUUGCUGGUAACGCUCAGCAUCGCCAUCCAUCUGCGCAAGAAGCGAACGGGCUUGAAGUGGAAUCCGGCCACCCUCGCCGCCCAGUUGGCGCUGAUCCAGGGCUCCGACAUAUUUGGCAGUUUUACCGAAAUUGACACUACCAAGUGGCGAUUCCUCAACGACGCCAUACAGAGCUGGUCUCAAGGGCCCACCAAGAAGUGUUUAUGUCUCGGGUAUUGGAAACAGAAACAAGCUAAUGGGCAGGAUCUGAUAAUACAUGGGGUACGGUUUCUUCCUAGAAGCGAAGACUCCCAUUCAAAGGAAUCCAAGACGCGCAGCAAUACCAGUCAACCGGGCCAACCCCUAUCUAUACAACGUGAUCAACCAAGACAUCCGGAGGUCGACCGGAUAUGGAAUCCGGUCCUUCGGGACCUCUAUAUGGGAAUAGCCACGAUACUGGGCGUCGCAUUUCUGGUCGCUGGUAGCGUCGCGUGGGGCAGAGGCUUUAUCCACGAGACAGCUCGCGUCGAAUUCGUAAAAAGAGACGUGCCAGCAGCUGAGAGCGAGAAGAUGAAUCACCUCGUUCAGCUCGGCCGGGGGAUAGUCUUCUCAUUGCUCCCAUCGUUGAUUUUCGGCUUCUUCAACAACAACUUUGUCGCCGUCGACGUCUACCUCAGGACCAUGACGCCAAUUCACAACAUGGCCAUGCCGCUUCCAGAACCUGACCAGGAGCGCCUGUACCCUGACAAAAGGGGCAUCAAGGGCGCAGCUGCCCGCGACAGCGUGCUUCUCGACUACGUCUCCCUCGACCUUAUCAGCUGCAUCGCCCAGGCGUUCGACCGGGGCCACUACAAGAUCAUUCUUGGCACGAUCCUUGCAACGUUGUGCAACUCAGUCUACCUAGUUGCGGGGCGGCUGUUUUACUACACCGAGGUCGAAGAGUUUGCGUUUACGGUUCACGUCAACCCUAGCAACCUCUACGCAGCCGUCGCCAUCAUGAUCUUCUACUGCAUCGCCAUCUGGGUGCUGCGGCCAACCGGUCCCGUCCGCACCUGCCGCCCCGUGUACACGCUCAUGGACCUCACGUCGCUCGUGCACGCCAGCGACAUUGUCCGCCACCCCCCCGAGUUCUGGCUGCAGGCCGCAUCCGAUACCGAGGCCCACAUGGUUGCCCAGGCCACCCUCGCCAACCGCGUCUACCGCUUCGGCAUCUAUGAAGGCACCGAUACGCGGGAGCACGUGGGAAUUGCCGUUGCGGAGACGCCGGAUUCGUGGAGAAUCUCGCGUGCCGCCGAGACAAGAGUGGAUGCAGACGAUACAGUGAUCCCGAAACUCAACCGCUCCAUUGGGUUGAUGAAGGAGGCCCUGUAUUUCGGCGUCAUCCCGUCACCAUUCUCACCUUCCGACAAUGCAGAGAACGAACAACCCCAGCACCAGCUUGGGACAGGGACCUGUGUCGAGAGGGUCCGCUCGGUUCGGUACCGCAGCUGGAGACGAAGGGUCAGGAGGUCGAGUUCUCACCGCGCAGCGGAUAACGACGAUGCCGAGUCGGGCCGCGGCAGUCCUGGACAGAACGGUAGUGUUCGCAGUGGGCGUGAUGUCGCGCCUGUUGUCGCAGCACCAACACCAGAACCGGUUCCGCAGCCGGCGCCUGCUCAGGGUGGCGACGGAGAGCAUUGAGUUUGAUGUCGAUGUGAUCAAAUUGAUUUAUUGUGUUAGUUAUUCAGUACCUAGGUACCUUAUUGUUCCAGAGAAUGUCUGUUCUAGCCACUCAAGAAAUACUAAUUCUAUAAAUUGGACUCUAACUACUUGACAAGGGUUGAAGGGGGUGAGUGAGCGAGAUUCGGGAUUGGACGAUGACUCGGACGGCUGCUACCUCGUUUCAGGAAGUUCACUAGGUAA